UGUAUAUUAAUUUCAUUAUUUUCAAAUUGAGUAAUUUAAUAAUAUUAUAAUGACAUUCAAUUUUUUUAAUGUCCGCAAGCUUUAUACUAAGACUGCCUUGUAUAAAAAUGUUCAGUUAACUAAAGAUAGAUUUCCUAACUUAAAAAGAGGAUCCUAUGCUAAGGUAGACUCUACAGAUGUUGAAUUUUUCAAAAGUCUUGUAGGUGUUAACAAUUUUAUUACUGGUGAAGAAGUAAAAUCUUAUAAUGAAGAUUGGUUAAAAUCUAUUUCUGGUUUCAGUAAAUAUGUGCUUAAGCCAAAAACAACUGAACAGGUAUCAUCAAUUCUUAAAUAUUGUUAUAAGCGAGGUAUAGCAGUUUGUAUUCAAGGUGGUAAUACUGGUCUCGUUGGAGGUAGUAUACCAGUUUUUGAUGAAGUAAUUUUGUCCACUUCUGCAAUGAAUAAAAUUAUUAGCUUUAAUAAAAUAUCAGGUGUUUUAGUAUGUCAGGCUGGAUGUGUACUUGAAAAUUUGAUGAAUUAUGUUCAAAAUGAAGGAUUUAUAAUACCAUUUGAUUUGGGGGCAAAAGGCACCUGUCAGAUUGGAGGUAAUUUAGCAACUAAUGCCGGAGGUUUAAGAUUAAUUAAAUAUGGAAGUCUACAAGGAAGUGUAUUGGGAUUACAAGCGGUAUUGGCUGAUGGACAAGUUUUAGAUUGUCUCAAUACAUUAAAAAAAGACAAUACAGGAUAUCAUUUGAAACAUUUAUUUAUUGGUUCCGAAGGAACAUUGGGAGUUAUUACAAAAAUUGCUAUUCAAUGUCCAAACACUCCAAAAUUUGUUAAUGUAUCAUUUAUUGGCUUAGAAUCAUUUGAUAAAGUAUUGAGUUUCUUCUCAUUAGUACGAAAGGAAUUUUCUUCUAGUCUUUCGUCAUUUGAAUUAAUGGAUUCUGUAGCAAUAAAAAGUGUACAAAAAAAUAUUGGUAUUAAAUGUCCAAUAAAUGAUGAUCUAAACUUUUACGUUCUUGUUGAAUUAUCAGCUGAUAAUAAUUACAUUAAUCAUUCCAUUCAAGAAUUUUUAGAAAAAGUUCUCGUUGAAGAAAUAAUUUUAGAUGCUACUGUAGCAGACCAACCAUCACUAAUUCAAAAUUUAUGGAAAAUAAGAGAAAACAUUCCUGAAAGUUUAUUAAGAUAUGGAUAUGUUUAUAAGUAUGAUAUAACUUUACCUCAUGAGUUCUUUUAUAAGAUUGUACCUGACAUAAGAAAACGUUUAGAAAAACUAGAUGUUAAAGCUGUUUGUGGAUAUGGACAUUUAGGUGAUGGAAAUUUACAUUUAAAUGUAGCUACUAUUGAACAAAAUGAUGAAAUAGCUUCGGCUAUUGAACCUUAUGUAUAUGAAUGGACUAGCGAUUAUAAAGGAAGUAUAAGUGCUGAACACGGAAUUGGAUUUCUCAAGAGUAAAUAUUUAAAAUAUUCAAAAACCAAUUUAGAAAUAGAUUUAAUGAAAAAAAUUAAAAAUAAUAUUGAUCCAAAGAAAAUAUUAAAUCCAUACAAAAUUUUUCCUCAAGAUGAUAUCAAUUAAAUUUUAUAAAUUUUUUUUAUUAGGUUUAGAGCAGGAAAUUUUAUUAUUAUUUUUUUUUUUCGA